GCGCCACGGACAUGAAGGAAACAAUAUUGCGGAGGCAAGACAGAAAAGUAUCGAGUAUGGGGUUCUAGAAAUAAGAAUUUCAUGGAACUUUCUUGAGAAAACAUCUCCUCGGUAUCAUGUCACGCUCAGCGGCCAAAUCUCGCGAUAAGAGUCGUGCUGCCAUCUUGGUUCCGGCACCCGCUCUUCCUCGCCCUCCCUCGGUCCAGAAUGUGGAGACGGUGGACAUCGUCCCAGGUCGCCUCACGGAAGCCGCUUGGGUCACCAUGACAACACAGGACAAUGGGGAGGAGGUGGUGGCGGAGAUCAUGGGAGAGCUGGAGGCUGCAGUGAUGGACAGGUGCUAUCAGGUGUACCUGCAAAAACAGCUGGUGCCGUUCACAGCGUCCUGGGCCUAUGAAAGCCUGGUGCAGAUGGCUGACUGGCUGUUCCUGGCAAGGGAUGAGGGUGAGGGGCCAGAGAGUGCCCCCUUGUGGGGGGAGGACACAGAGCCUGAACCCUGUAAGAGCGACUCAUGGGCCGAGGGCUGUGUUCCUGUCCGGUACACCAGUGUGAGCUCACACACACCCCUUUUGCAGAAGUUGCUGGAUUUUCACCUGGCAGAGUCAGCUGAUCCAUGGGACUCAGAUACCCAGAGCAAGCCCCAGUCUUCCAGUAGACAGGACAGCAAGCCCCAGUCUCCCAGUAGACAGGAAUGCAGGCCCCAGUCUCCCAGUAGACAGGAGAGCAAGCCCCAGUUUCCCAGCAGACAGGACAGCAAGCCCCAGUCUCCCAGUAGACAGGACAGCAAGCCCCAGCCUCCCAGUAGACAGGACAGCAAGUUCCAGUCACCUACAAAGCCAGAGCCUCCAGACAGAGAGAGAACAGUCCUACCACAACAAAUAAUAGUGGAUUCAACUGAACCUGAGGAGCCAGAAAAGGCAGAGAAGAUAGAACCAGAGGAAGUCCAACCCUCACCUUUCCUCACUGUAGCCACCUAUAAAGCCUGGAGGAGGAAACAGUCCCAGACCCAACCAUGCACACACAAGGCCCUACCACCACCUCUGAAGACCUACAAACCCUUGUUCACCCCUAGUGGACCAACCCAGCAGUUCCAGCACCUCUCUGUACCCCAACUUCGGGGGCGUAGACCACGAGAGGUCCCAGUCCCUAGGAGACUGGACCCCGCUAGACUACCGCAACACCACGUCUGGCCCGAGGUGGAGGUCCUGGAGCCUCAGCCCUCACACCGCUCCAAGGAGAGAACAGGGGGGCUCACCGCCCUCCUCCGGCCCAACCAGGACCAUCACAGCAUGGCACGCCGAGCCACCAUCACACCCCUGACUGCCCACACCCACCAGGCUUUACCCAGCAAGACCCGGAGGAAGAGUCUCCACCAUGGUGUCCAGAUACAGAGGCACGUGCUCCGAGGCGGUACCCAGCCAAGGGGCUCGACUGUGGGCUACACUCCGCUCUCCACUGGCCUCGAUCUGGAUACCAUUGAGCUGGUGCCAGGAGUGGCAAUUGGGGACCCAGUAUGUGGGACUGGGGAGAACAAGCCGUCCUGGGUUUCCCGUCUGCCUGAGCUGAUUCCCAUCAGAAGCAGCCUCCCGGCCAUGUUGUGGUCCCUGGAUCAGGUGGUGGGGGGGCGGAGCCCUCGAGUCACUGCCACCACUGUUAAACAUUGGGCAUGAGGAGAGAUAGGAACCACUGCAGUUUCAAUCACACUGCAGCCUAAUGUACUGUCAUUUGAUGAAUAGGUGCUGAUUUGCUUUUAUUUAAUUAAUGGAAGAUGUGAAUUGCAUUUUCCAUUCUAAGUUUAAUUUCAGCAAUUCCAGCAUGUAUAAGCCCUCUUCCAAAUGUUGUGGUUGUUUGAGAAAGGCCACCUAGCAUCUAAACCUAUUUAAAUCAGGGACUGCAUUUGAGUUUGUGUAUUUAUUUUGAUGGUUUUCUUCUGUGAGACAGUGCUCCCAUGUUUUGUCAGAUGAAUUUGAACCCCUUCCCCCCAUGUAUUGUUACAUUGUUACAUAGUUACGUAACAACAUUUUACAUAGUUAUAUUGUUACAUGAUUGUUACUGAUCAGCUGUUUGUUUUCAGUUUUGCCUUGUUCAUAGAUGUCCUGAGGUUCGAUGUUAAUGCAGUUCAAUACUUGACCACAUGAUGGCAGUGUGGAUCAUAUUGUAACAUUUCUGUAACAUUGAACCAAGACUGUGACAUGACAACAGAUGACCAAGGAAAAUACAUUAUUCACCAUUGUUCAGGUCUAGCUCAACGCUUCAUACACGUACUUUAUUUUUGACAUAUUUUAUAUUUUGCAAUGACAUUCAUUCUCACCACCGAUAACUGAGUGUUAUCAACUGUUGAGAAGAGUAUUUAAAAAAACAUCUAUGACUAGUAUCCCUUUAAGGCAAUUAUUCUGUGUUGAUGAGUUCCUGCAUAGUGAUAAGGGCACUGUUUUACUGUUUUUACAGCAAGCAAUACUAAAAUAUCCCCCAGCUAAUUUUGCACUAUAUGCAUGAAUAGUUUACAGACCAGCACACCAGGGACCGUAUGUGGCCCCUCAACAUAAACAUCUUACUUUUACUAUAUAUUACUUAUAUUUUUGAUAAUUUAUGUAUGAUAUUGAUGUAUUAUGUAUAUGGUUCUGUAUGUUCUGGCUAACAUUGCAAGCAUAAUAAGAGUUGGACAUAGGCAUCAGAGGGCCCUCGCUAAGGGGCCCCACUGCUGAUUGACAUGUGCUCUCAAAUCAAAAUCGAAUCAAAUGUAUUUAUUUUUAAAGCCCUUUUUACAGCCCUUGUCACAAAGUGCUUAUAGGUUGUGUAUUCAGUUUCAGAGCACUUCUUUAAAAGCUGGUACAUAUUGAGAAAAUAGCUCAUAUACUCAUAGAUGUGGAGCUUUUCAUGCAAAUACUGUAUAACCCAUUGGAAAAUAGCCUGUUUGUGGAUGAGCCUUAUGCAUACAUAGUAGAGUAACAUACUAUUUCAUGACUAGUUUGGCUAAGAGAAACUGAUCAUAAUAAUAUUAUCCCAAAUAGGCAAAGUUGUGGGCGGUGCAUUGGUCAGGGUUUUGUGUAUCAGUAAUUUUUCUGACUUUUAUACGAGCAGUAUAUAUUUUCUUUUAAACGACACAAUCCCCAUCCAGUAAGAGGAUUUGAUAUGCCUGGUAAAACGUUAAAUACCAUGUGUGAUGAUUUACUGCAUAUUCUGGCUCUCACAGUGCUCCACACAACAUGAAAGCCAUGGUGAUGAUUACAGCUUCAGUUCUACUGCUGGGUUCUUAGCUUGACUACAGUCACAGUCAUCCAUCUUAACUAAGUUUUCAGCUCAUUGUGUAUAAAAAAUAUGAAUGUACUUAACUAUAUUGAUUACGUUUCAUGUAACACCACGCUAACAAUAAGAUGAGAUUAAAGUUUGGUUACACUUUACUUAUAGCCUGCAGGUAUAAUGCAGCUAUAAUGCAUGGUCA